CCUAAACUUCAAUUUUGAGUUACAGCUUCAGCAGCCAGUCAUUUUUAUACCUGUUAUACAAUUUUGUAUUGAGACAAAUGGUAGACCACUUUUCCGCCCCCCGAGUUUCUGUGAUCAGUCAUGCCGGCAAUCUGCACGAUAUGUUCAAGCCCGAUGAUUUCUUGGACCGUUCGAAUAGCACCACUUUCAGCAGUACCACCGAUUUACGUGGCAGUUCCGUUGAGUCCAGUCGCCCCAUCUGCACAAGCUACAAGGAGCUGGAUAAUGUUCGAAUCAUACCGAGUAAAAUGAUCUUUAACAACGCUUAUGAAGGAAAAGGAUAUCUACAGACAUUCAAAAUACUGAACGCUGGCAAAUAUCCUGCUUUGGUUAGAAUAUUUCGACCAUCUUCAAAGUCUUUUGAAAUGAAACCUUUGCCCAGAGGACGAUACAUUGCAUCUGGAAUGAGUAUAACGAGAACGAUUAAGUACAGAUACGUUAGGGCGACUGCUGUGCCACAAGCUUGUAUCACCAUCUACAUUAACGAAAAACCGCUUGAUUACGAGAUCGAAGUGUUCAUGAGUGCCUCUUUGGUUGUCAUGACGCCAAAGUCUCUGCAUUUUGGAAAUAUUGAUGUUGGGAAUGCUUCUCAACAAAUGACCGUGGAACUGAAGAAUAUUGGACACAAAACCACAACUUUUUUAACUGAUCUUGGCAGAACCGACUUAGAGAUCAUCAUCGAUCCUAGGCGAGGGAGAAUUCAUCCAUCUGAGACAAUAGAAAUAAAAGUAGAAAUCCUGGGGACGACAGUUGGAUCGUUCCACAAAGAAUUCUGGAUCAAAACUGAGCCGCCUCAGAGACUCAGGAUCUCUGGAACAUUCACUGAACCUCAACUGGUCAUUGAGCAUCCCCUCACUGAUUACGACCUCACGUUGAUUCAAUUCCCAAGAACUUACUAUGGAGCUUCUAAUACCAGGACUAUCGUGGUCAAGAAUAGCAGCUCAAGACCUUGUAUGUUCUGUAUGGUCGCUGAAGAAGGGAUGGGAACUAUUUCAAUGAGUGUUGCAAAGGUUAAAGAUCCGAACAUGAAGAAUUAUGUGAUAAACCCAAUAGAAGGACGAUUACGCGCCAACUAUAAAUGCAUCAUACUAGCUAAAUUUGCACCCAGAAAGAUGGAAAAGUUUGACGAAAAGCAUUGCAUCGUUAUGAUACAGCUGAUAAGGGUCACGUUUAGAGAAGGCAUCAUCGAAAGCAAAGACGGUGAAGUGAAGACGUUCACUACUAGUAAUGAAGACGAGGUAUUCUCCAUCGCACCGCAAGUCAGCUACCAAAAGACCGAAAUAGUUUUCACACAUACCAAACUGAGAGUGUGCUUAUAUGGCGAAAUCGAAGAGGCUUCGGUUACCCUGUUGCCGGAUGCUUGCCGUGCAGAAGACCUGAAUGUCUCUGUUAUUCACAAUUUUACGUUCACUAUCAGAAACAACUCGAAAUAUCUGCCUGUGACCUUCAAAUACAACAAGGUAUCUUGUAUGGAAACGUUUCCCAAAGAAUGUACGUUAAAGCCCGAUGGAUCAGUCGAUGUCUUGCUGCAACUGAGACCGACCAAGAUAGGAAAAGUGCAUACCAAUGUAGAAUUUGAUCUAACUUACCUUGGAGAGGACAAAACGGUAUAUCGUGUAGGCCAAGCCCGUCUUGCGGUAACUUAUGAGGUGCAUCAGGAAAAGGCAGAGAAAGAAACCGCGGGUCUGCUUCCAAAAUUCAAUAUGGGAAUAACUCCGAUGGUUACCAAUGAAGUUGGUUUUCUAGUUGAUGAUAUCAGAUUCAAUUCCGAUGUGAAGCAGAUGCCGAGACAGGCGAUAGUUGAUCGAAAGCACAAGAAUUUUAGAAAAGGCAAUGACGCGUUUGUGGCUUUUCCUAAUGAUAUGCCUAAAUAUCUAAGGCCUUGGAGGAGCCAAACCCCGAUCAAAACGAUUUUCGCAGGCCUUCCCAGAGCUAUUGAAUCUGAAGAAGGAGCGACGAGAACAAAAAAUCCUCCUACAGGCAAAAAAAUUCAGGACGUGGAAGUUCUGAAAAGAAUUUCUUCAGAUUACAGCAUAACUGGGCCUAACCCGAUGGACGAUCUGCUAAGGGUAACCGUGAACACGUUGACGUUCACUACACACAAAGAAAAAGAAAUUCAUUUUAUACCGCUGAGGCCGGAAAAGCUUAUGGCCAUCAACGUAUCGCCCAAGUACAUAGAGGUGGGAAAGAUCGCUCCUUAUACCUCAAUGAGUGACUGUUUCACGAUAGAAAAUAAUAACAUAUUUCCAGUAGAUGUAACCAUCAAGGCGUUGAACAAUUCAGUCGUUAUCAAAGGUAAAGAGAAACUGGUAAUAGGAGCGUGCGAUAGGAAAGAAAUAUAUUUUGAUUGCUUCUCUCAUGGACUGGGAAGAUACUAUGUGCCCGUGUAUAUUGUUAUAAACAACUGCCACAUUUUUGAUGCCACUGUUUUCGCGGAAGUCGUAACGAAAACGGUUAAAUGUCACGAGAAGGAAUUGCUCUUAGAUCCAUCCAAAAAUACAGUGUAUUUCGAAAUAUACAAUCCUGUCAACUGCGGUAUUCUAUAUAAGGCAGAGAUCCAAGAGACGUGCUUCAAGAUAGUCCCUGCCUCAGGUAUAAUAGCUCCGAGAAGUGGGAUGACUCUUAGGCUGAGAUACAUUCCGGAAUUCGAUCCGCCAUCGAAUACAGAGCUGUAUUUGCACUCUGAAAGUGGUGCAAAGCAAGUAAUCCGAGUAAGAUUCCAUGACGGACCCGCGAAAGUGCCAGUCGCUUUCAAUACAGAUGUAGUGAAUUUUGAAAACAUACCGCUGAACAUUCCCGUCCACCAAAAUGUUAUUCUGAGUAAUCAUUCUGACAGGAGUAUCGCUAUUACUGUCGAUAAUCCAAGGCCGAUGGAAGGAGUAGUCGUAUCUCCGGACCAGGGUAUUUUGAUGGCAAAGUGCGACGAAAUUAUCAAGAUCCGUGUGCAUUUCAAAACUCCAAUAAAGUUCAAGAUAAAACUGAAAAUCAGGGCACACAGUAGCAAAUUUGAAAUCACCAUCAUGGGUAAAGUUACGUUGCCGUUCGUUUCUUUCGAGCCCAAUUUCAUACAGUUUCCAAAGAUACCUGCAGGUGCAUUUCAAAGGAGAACCUUCCGAAUUACCAAUACUUCAGAAGCGCUAUCUUGCGUCAAGUUUGACUUGAGCAUUUUCGGCGAACUAUUUUUGACCUAUGCAGACGGCAAGAUGGUUACUGAUACCAUUACUCUAGAACCUCGCGUGUUUGUGGAUCUAUGCCUCGAAUUUAGACCAAUAGAGCCUGUGGUGUAUACCACGUAUAUACCGUAUGUUCUUAAUGGUGUGAUAGGACCCCCGCAGUUGAGCAUCGCUAAGAGCUUAGACCCCAUGAGCUAUUUCACAUUGGAUCAGGAGAAAAACCUACCGAGAAGUGUUCAAUUCGACAUUGUAUCAUGCAACACGAAGCUGAGCUAUCUGAGGGUUGGCUGUACAGCUGGAAAGCCUUGGUUGAUGAUCUCUCCCUUAAACAUGCAUUUCCAAGGACAGACCGAAGAGUCUCUGACUUACAUGAAUUUCCGUGUCUCCAACGUCUCGAAUGUGCAGCAGAGGUUUGGUUUUCUCUAUGAGGCGUGCGAGACACAGAAGCCUUUCAAGAUUUUUGAUGAGACAGGACUUGUUUCCAAAAGAUAUUACUACAAAGACCUGCAAGCCGAAGAGGAACUCGUACUGAAAAUCGAAUUUGAACCUGACGACUUCGGAAAGUACAAAGAAGACAUACCGCUAUUCGUGGAGAACUUUUUCGACAACAACUGUCCUUUCAACUACCUCCAGCUAUCCGCCUCGAUUCCAAACCCGUCCAUCACCAGCGAAACCACGAUCUUGUUUUUCGAAACGAUUCCAUUACGCGACAUGAGAUCCAAACGGUUCACGCUACGCAUGAUCACUCAUCAAGCGAAUUGUGAAUUAGCAGUAGAAAAUGAAGAAACUUCACUUAAGAUCAAGUACGAGGAUGAAUCUACGGGAAAACUGAACAGGGACGUAGCCGUAACGGUGACAUUUCGCCCAAAGAUUCAAUGUAAUAUCAACGCCGUUUUAACGUUCAAAUGUUCCUGCGACACCAAGUUUAGAGUCAAUGUGACGGCCCAAGCUAAUAGUUGCUCACUUGUCACUUAUGACACACUUAUCAGGUCUACUACAAAACAAAAGUUGAGCUACCCCUUCCCGUUUUUCCCCGAUGAGAAAAAAGAUCCAUUCCUUCACAAAGAAAUGAAAACAAUCCUUGAAGUAGCGGAAAAGUGGCUAUUUAGUCAAGGUUAUUUCUAUAACCACUAUUACAAAAUUCCCCAUACUAUCCGUAAGUAUUCGUUCGAAAAGAAGAAAAAAGGAAAGAAAAGGUUCGAUCCCAGAGACAAGGAUUCAGAUCCUAUGCGAAUGUUUCUUCCUCUGGAAAGAUUGCUAGUCAACUUGCUGGAUAACUCUGUUACGAAAUACUUAGUUGACGAAACCGCUGCUUCACGCGACGAUUUGGACGGCACAAUCCACGACUAUCGAGUGUACAAGAACAUUCUGAGAUUCCUUCUCCAGCAAGGAGUGUACGUACAGCAGUGCCAUCCAGAGCUACUGCUUAGCUACAGCAGAUACACCGUCUUCAACAACAAAAUGGUAGACCCGGAUCGAGAGUACUCUAUCCCUCUUUAUAGUACAGAGGACUUCGAGAGGAUCAGUUCCUUGUGCUGGAUGGACCUAAUACUGAAAAUAUACAAGGAACUCGUCUUCGAAAGAGUCUUCACCGAACCACGUGCUGAAGUGGACGUCUACUACGAAGAAUUCACGAAGUACUGCGACGAGCAUAUCGAUGAGUACACCGAUCGCAACCCGAACGAAGCUAAGCUUUUUAUGUGGAUGAAUUUCCAUUUCAAAAAGCAAAUUAAGAAUCUCUACCCGAAAGAAACGCUCACACGCCCUCCUGUUACAUCGUUCAGUCAGGAUGAUUUUCGAGAUGGACUGAUGUUAGCUACGUUGGUGGUGGCUUAUUGCCCGUAUCUUUUGGAUCAAUUCAAGUAUUUCUACGUGAAGGACGCGAAUGACGGUCAACUGUUCCACAACGCCUGCUUGAUGUGCGAGGCGUGGAAGAAACUCAACCUUUCGUACGAAGUGGACGCCUACCACAUCUUCCAACCGAGACCAACGGAAAUGAUCAUGCUUCUAACUUACCUCUACUCCGUUCUUCCGAAUUUCUAUCCCAAAGAAACGAUCGCGAUCACCGCUCUGAUCUCUGAAAGCGCCACCUAUACGCUGGUACUGACAAACUUAGGCGACGUGCCUAUCGCUUACACGCCGAUGCUAUUUUUGAACGACUUGGGGGAGUUUGAGAUUGAGAGAAAGAUCGUAGUGAUACCUCCGAGGCAGAAGAAGCAUGUGAAAUUGGUGUACAGGGCGAAACAUAUGGUCAAGGGUACGGCCAUUUUGGUGCUGUCUGGUGAAACUAUAGGCUACAAGUUCGCGACAAGCAAAGCGUACGAGGUGAUCGGUAUACCAAACAUCUAUAACUUCACCCAGGCGUUUACGAUCAGGGUGAAUCUGUUCGAGCCGACAGAUCAGAGCUUGGUGAUCAAUUCACCCUAUGAAAAAGCGUACGACGCUAGAAUUUACGUUUAUGUAGAUAGCGAGGAUUCGAAAAUUCCCGAGAAGCUGGACGAUUUCGUCGCGAUGCACGAGGUGCAGGAAAAUAAGGUUCCGAGGCAGUUCGAGUUUGACAGCUUGAUAUUGUUCGACGAUGAAGGUCAAGGCCUGCUGGAUCUUCAGCUGUGCUAUUUGCUAUAUAGAACCGACGUCUACUAUAUUUUCUUUAACAGCGAGUCAGUCGGAGACUUUUGCGUUAAGCUCACCGUAAGCGCAAGUCCAUCCAAGGAAGACUACGAAACCAUAAAUAUUCCGAUCUACAAGACCUUCAAUCCUAAUGCAAAGUGCAAGUGCAGGAAGAACGCGUUCAAUGAAAAUUGCCCUUUAGUUGUGAUGGCCCAAAUCCCUUGCAGGAAUCGAAUACUUCUAGAGGGCAUCAUGCGGAUGUUUGCAAUGAUUGGCGACGAAGACGAACGGGCAUUUUGGCAAGAACAUCUUGUGUUUCCAAAGGGCUUCAUCGUUCUGCUGAGGUACCUCGAAAACACUUUCGAUGCCAAGCUGGUGCCUUUCAUAGACGUACUCCAACAGUCAGUGGUGUACACUGUGCGUCCAACCAAGAAGCGUUUCUAUUGCCAAAACCUGAAGGUCAAAGAUGUUACUAGUGAAAACCGCGUGGAAAUGCCGAUUCACUGGAACAGUGACGGUUUUCCUAACGAAGAGCUCGUCUCGUUGAUAGCUGACCACGGCCACGAAAUCAGACAAUAUAAGUUGGUGUUCAAGGCAAAAUAAUGAGGAAUAUGAUUACGAAUUAAUAAAUAUUAUAUAUCGAUCAUA